GACGCGGGACGACGGGACGAGGUGAAGGCGGCGAUGCGAGAGGCGUUCGGGGCGUACAGGACGCACGCGCUGGGACACGACGAGCUCGCGCCGCGCGCGCGGACGGGGCGAGACGAUUUCGGUGGGAUCGGGGCGACGCUGAUCGAUAGCUUGGACACGCUGCACAUCAUGGGGUUGCGCGCGGAGUUCGACGAGGCGCUGCGGUAUUUGAAAAAGCCGGGAUCGGCGUUUCGGGAUUUGGUGCAGGGCGAGACGGACAGAGACGUGAGCGUGUUCGAGACGAACAUUCGCGUUCUGGGAGGGCUGCUGGCGGCGCACGAUUUAUCGGGCGACGCGGACGUUUUAGAGCUCGCGGAAUCCAUCGCGGCGAGACUUUCGGCGGCGUUCGACACCCCGAGCGGAGUGCCGCACUCGUUCGUGAACGUCAAGACUGGGAACUCGUUUGGGUUACCUUGGACGAAAGGCGCGUCCAUACUCGCCGAUUUCGGGUCGAUGCAUUUGGAGUGGGCGACGCUGAGCGCGCGCACGAAGAAUCCGGUGUACGAGGCGCACACGAAUCACGUGUUCGAGACGGUCUCAUCCCUGGGACGACGAGGCAAAAGUGGCGCUAGCACCAAGGGUUUGUUUUCCGCGCAUUUUAACGUCGAUACCGGAGAGUUUGCGGGCGGAGACGUCACUUUCGGUGCGCUCGGCGAUAGCUUUUACGAAUACUUGAUCAAGUGUUGGCGUUCGCUCGGCGAUUUAAAAGACGCCGAGACGUGGCGCGAGAUGUUCGACGAAGCCAUGCUCGGGAUGAAAACGAGUUUGCUGCGAGACUGGAAAACGGACGAGGCGACUGGUGAGAAGUAUUCGUACGUUUCUCCGAUUGGAGGUUCCGGUGCCGGUUCGAUGGAACAUCUCGCGUGUUUCGUCCCGGGUAUGCUCGUGCUCGGCGCGGCAGAGGCGCCCACGCCUACAACCGCCGAUGAGUACGUGCAAAUAGCGAAGGAUAUCGCGCGUACGUGUGUAGAAAUGUAUUCUUCUCAGCCUUGCGGCCUAUCCGCGGAUCACGUGCGAUUCGACUCGGGUUCAAAGACCAUCUCGAACAUCAACGGCAAAAAUAUUCAACGCCCGGAAACGGUGGAAUCUUUGUUUUAUUUGUAUCGCAAAACUGGAGAUGAAAUUUAUCGGACACAAGCUUGGAAAAUCUUUCAAUCCAUGAAGUCAGCUUAUCGAGUCCCCGAAAGUGGCGGCUGGCAAGGCGUGCUCGACGUCUCGAAGACCCCGACGGCGGGCGACGACAAGAUGCAAUCAUUCUUCCUCGCCGAGACGUUGAAGUAUUUAUAUCUCAUCUUCACCGACAGUGAUACAAUGCACUUGGAUGAGUGGGUUUUCAACACCGAGGCACAUCCACUGAGAAUCACAAAGGCACGUGAACGACUGAAC